AUGUGUUCUACUGGUUCAGUGUUUAAAAGAGAGGAGAAGAAGGAGAAGGUAGCUGCGAGAUGGAUCGAUGAUGCGAUUGACGCCAUAGAGAAAAGGGGUCGAGGUCGUCGACGAGGUAGGAGGCGCAAUCGAGAAGGAGGGAGGGGUGGACAUAUUAGGAGAGGCGGGGAUGACAGUGGUGAAGGUGGAGAUGACAGUGGUGGAAAUGAUGAUGAGGGUCGAGCUGAAAGUGGUGGUGGAGGUGGAGAAGAUUGUGGUGGUGGUGGUUGUGGUUUAGAGGGUGGAUUUGAUGUUAGUAGAGGUACUGGCGGAGGUGGAGAUGGUGGCAGUAGAGGUAGAGGUGGAGGUGGCUUUUAG